AUGGACAGGGGCAUCUGCAGUUCUCAAGCAGAAGAAAGGAAAUCUGCUGUGACAUCAUAUAACAAUAGUGUCAGCCUCCAAGGGGUCUCCUAUACUGUCAGAGAGCGUAUUGGGCCUUGGUGGGAUAUCCCGUCCUACCGUAAGAAAUGGUCGCGACAGAUCCUCAAAAAUGUCUCAUUUCACAUAGAGAGCGGCCAGAUAAUGGGGAUUUUGGGAAACUCUGGAUCUGGGAAAACAACCCUGCUGGAUGCAAUAUCAGGAAGACUGAGGCAUAAAGGAAGCUUCUUUGGUGAAGUGUAUGUGAAUGGGAGUGAGCUGAAGAAGGAUCAAUUUAAGGACUGCUUCUCUUACGUGCCACAGAAUGAUGCCUUGUUAAGCUAUCUCACUGUACAAGAAUCUUUGACUUACACAGCUUUACUUGCACUUCAGAAGCACUCCAGUGACUUUAUCAAAAAGAAGGUAGAUGCUGCUAUGGCCGAGCUAAGUAUCAGCCAUGUUGCUCAUAGUAUAAUUGGAAGCCGUGUCUUUAGGGGAAUUUGUGGUGGUGAGAGGCGUCGUGUUUCAAUUGCAGCCCAGCUUUUACAAGAUCCCAAGGUCAUGUUACUUGAUGAACCAACUACAGGGCUGGACUGCAUGACUGCAAAUCAGAUUGUCUUGUUGCUUUCAGAACUUGCACACAAAGACAGGAUAGUGAUUAUUACAAUUCAUCAACCACGGUCAGAACUCUUUCGGUUAUUUGACAAGAUUGCUAUCAUGAGCUUUGGAGAACUGGUUUUCUGUGGGAAACCUACAGAAAUGAUCACAUUUUUUAGUGAUUGUGGCUAUGACUGUCCUGAGCACUCAAAUCCUUUUGACUUUUAUGUGGAUCUGACAUCUGUAGAUACUCGAAGCAGAGAACGUGAGCUGGAGACCUACAGUAGAGUUCAGAUCAUUGCAUCUGCCUAUAAAAAUUCAGAGAUCUUUUCCAAGACUUUAGAGGCCAUUGAAAGAAUGAAACACACAAAAGAUAUGACUUCUAUACCUUUCAAAAGCAAAGAUUCACCCAAUGGAUUCUCCAAACUCUGGAUCCUCUUACGGAGAACAACAAGGAAUUUCUCCAAAGAUAAGAUGGGCGUCAUCAUGCGUCUCUCCCAGAAUCUGUUGCUUGGCCUGUUCAUAGCAUUUUUCCUUCUCCGACUGAAGGAUGACCCUCUGAGAGGAGCAGUGCAAGAUCGGGUGGGGCUCAUUUACCAGUCUGUGAGUGCCCCACCUUAUACAGGAAUGCUCAAUGCUGUUGCCCUAUUUCCUCCUUUACGUGCUAUCAGUGACCAAGAAAGCAAAGAUGGCUUAUACCAGAAGUGGCAGAUGCUGUUAGCAUACAUACUGCAUGUCUUGCCUUUCAGUAUCAUCAGUGUGGCAAUGUUCAGCACCUUUAUAUACUGGACUAUAGGUUUACACCCUGAUGUUUCCAGAUUUGGAUGUUUCUUUGCUGUUGUCCUAGUGCCUCAUGUAAUUGGUGAACUACUAACACUUGCUUUGCUUGGUGUGGUUCAAAACCCAAAUGGAGUCAACAGCAUGGUGGUGCUACUUAAUACAGCAGGAGUGGUAGUUGGAAGUGGGCUCAUAAGGAGCUUGGAAGAAAUGCCUACACCUUUUAAAGUGCUAAGUUAUCUCACGUUUCAGAAAUAUAGCACUGAGGUUCUUGUAGUCAAUGAAUUUUAUGGAUUAAACUUCACAUGUGGUGGCUUCAAUAUUUCUACUGGAGCUGGUUCAACAUGUCUUUUCUCACAAGGGAUUCAUUUUAUUGAAAAAACCUUUCCAGGUGCAAUGUCCCGGUUCACAACAAAUUUCUUAAUGUUGUAUGCCUUCCUACCAGCACUUGUCAUCACAGCAGUCAUGAGUUUUAAAAUAAGAGAUAGAAUUACCAGCAGGCAAUAAAACCAUUUGAAAUUCUAGCCUGGCUAUACAGUACUAUACUAUUAGAACCUGUAGCAUUUGACUUAUUUUUCUUGAUGUUACAUGAAAUUUACAUGCUUUUACAUUAAACUACAGAAACAUGCUUAUUCUCUAAUUGUGUUUCCAGUGUGUUUGUGUUUUGAUAUAAAAUACUGUGGUUUUUUGAAAGCAUUAAUAGUUUAAAAUUAUAUUAUUAUUUUCCCAAUAUCAUAUGUAACUUAAAAUUUUGGGUAGUGCUGGCUGAAUCUUCUUUGAAAUAUAUUUUUUCAAAGUUCUAAAUUGUAAAUUGUAGUUUUCUUUUUGUCUGUAAAGUACUAAAUAGGUUAUUAUCAUACCCUGUGAAGUUUAUUAGUAACUCACUUAGAAUAACCUAGUGUUUAUCUAAACAAUGUAGGAUUUGCUUGUACAUUUAAAGAAUGAACUAAGGUACAUUGUUGUUAGGGCAAGCUGAAAAAUUUUCUUUUUUUUUUUUGAUAGAUUAGGUUUUGGAGGAAAUAAAUUUGCUUUAGAGGAGGAAGGUAUUUUUCCUACAUAAAAUUUAAUUUGCUUCCAGACAAAAAAAAAAAGUUUUGGGAUAUUUGAAUGGAAAAUGUUUAGCCAGCUCACAUAAUAUAGUUUUUGACAUAAAAUUAGGUUUUGAGAGAAUGACAUUUUCACAAAACAUGUUUUCCCCCCUUAUGGAAAAAAGUUCUUCACAUUUUUAAUGAAAAAAUAAUGUAUAGGGCAUUAUUUUCCCCAACCUUUAACACACUCUGAAUGUGACAAAAUGUUUUAAUGAGUAUUCAGCCCUCCCCUGUGAGCAUAUGUAUGUUAAGCACUAUACUUUUUUUCUAUUUUUUGUGUGCUAGUAAAGGAAAGCAAGCAAGAUGCUUGUAAACAGUGUACAUUCAGGAAAGUGCCCAUUUAAGUUAAAGAUCAUAGCAGAAGUGCAUAUAGGCUCUUUCUGUAAUAGAAUAUCUACAGUUUUGUUAAUUUUUUUAGGUCCCUGGCACAAGUUCAUUUAAUGGUAUGAUUGUUGAGAUCAGAGAUCCAAUUCCAAUUAUGCCAUUACUACUUGCCAGUAGAAGGGGACCCGGAGAUUAUGAUCGUAAUCCCAGACUUCCUCUGCACUGACAAAUUGACAAAGAAGUACCUGGGCCUACAAUCAGUUACUUGUCAGCUGGCCCCUGGAAUCCUACAGGGGACUUGAAGCAGCUCUCAUGAAGUCUUGGCAGGUAGUCAGUUGAUUGUCGGCCUAGCCCCAGACUGCACUAGGGCGGGUUUAUGCUCCUGUCCCCAUCGUCCUGCUGCUGAACACUCUUGUGCCUCCAACCUCAUCCAGUCCUUCUGCCAGCAUAGAGUGCCCUGGUCUUGAAUUGGCCCUGGUGUGCUCCUGGGCUGGGUUGACAACCAGCUGAUUGUCAGUCUAUCUCCAGAUCUUAUCCAAGCUGGGUCAACCAUCAGCUGAUUGUCACCCCAGCCCUAGAUCUCAGCAGAGCCAGUUGGUUGAAUCCUCACUGCAGUCCAGGGAAUGGAACUGACAGUGAGCUGACUGUUGGCUGCACCUGGGACAGCCUUGGGUUUGGUUUCAGAACAAGGUUGUCCAGGCCAGGCUCACAAUGAGCUUACUGUCAAAGCCUCAGGCCCAGGAGCUUUAGCUGGGCUACUGGAUGGAGGGGAUCAGAGAUUCUUGGUUGUGGGGCUGGAGGGGUGCAAGCUGAAGGGCUUCAUCCACUGAGAAUUUCAAAUAUGCUGGAAGCCUUUGAUCCCCACACUGGGCAGCCCAGCCAGAGCUGCCACAUGUGUGUUUUAAAGUCUCUGGUGGGGAAGCUGCCUCAGCAGCAUUCUUCAAAUUCCCUGUGUGGGUGCUUCUGGUUCUCCAGCUGAAAUGUACCUCAUCCUGUGCAGCUGCUGCUUCCACUGAGCCCCAGGAACUUAAAAAAAAGUAGGCAUGCAGCUGGUGCUUUCAGAUGCACACCAGCUUUUUAAAGGUCUGAGGAUGCAGUGAGCCGGAGAUCAAGGAAAUGCUCCCUGAUGCCAGUCUCAUAGUGCCCCCACCCCCACAUCUGCCUCUGGUAAUCAGACAGAAGUGCUGGGUCCAAGACCCAAAGCUGCUCCCAGCCCAAUCUCAGACUCGGGAGGAAAUGGUUGUGUCCCAGACCCUGGAGCUGCCCUAUGCUAAAUCUCUAUGCUCAUUCAAAAGUAGGGAAAAAAGCCCCCAUCUUGGAUUUAAAUACCAGCCCAGGACAGGCCGCUGCUGUGGCUCCAGGCUCAGAGCUGCAGCCACUGCCUGUGCAGGCCAGGGCCAGAGCUAGAGCUAUUGCUGUUACUGCUGCCUGUCUGCUGCCCCUCCUGUCCAUUUUCCCUACUGCUGCUACUGCUUUCCCUGCGGCAAUGGUGGUGAUGAAUUUAAGAUGACCCUCCAAUAAUUACAUUCUACAUACAUAGAAAACUACAACAAAUUUACAAUUUUCCAUGUUUUUAAC